AUGGAGCUCACACCGAUUGACCCCAUUUUCAAGGUAUACCACGACUGCGACGACGGCAUCAAGCCUGGCUCAAGAAAAGUCAAAUUUGCUCUACCGAAGUCCUACAUUACUAAUGGAAUGACACCCAAGAAAACAUUUCGACAUGGGACGAGCCCUUCACAAUUGAAUCUCAUCGAGAAAUGUUUAGGAAUACUGAACCUGGAAACAAUUUUUGCCAAGGAAGAACGAGAGAUGAUUGUAACAAGAAGGAGGAGAGGACGGGUUUAUGAUGAGGACGAUAGAAGCAGCAGCGAUGAAUCCAUAUAA